AGAGAAUACACAGUUUAUUCUGUUCAGACAGAGGAAAAGCUCUGGCUAAGAUCUAAGUGCACAGCCCUCUGAAACCAGCUCAUCUAUAGGUCUCAUGAAGAAUUGCGUAGGCAGAAUGUUGGCUGUUUUGUUGACCAUUUUCAUGUUUACCCCAGGGCUUUCAAUAGACAGUCGUGGGAAGAGUUUCAUCACAGCAUUCCCGGAGAAUGUUGCCUAUUAUUACAGAAAAUCCUACAAUCAACUCAAGAUCACUAGCCUGCACGAGAACACUAAUGUUACCGUCUACAUGGGUGAAAUAAAGAAUGUAGUCAUCAGUGAACCUGGAAAAACUUGGGUUUUAAAUUUUACAAAGGAGUUUGAGGAAUACCGGUUCACAUCUUCCAACUGGUCUGUUAGAAUCACCAGUGAUAAAAAUAUCACAGUGCUUUCUGUGACUGGGUGGUGGGGGAGAUUCCAGUCUCAUGUUGUCCAGCCUGACCAAAAUCUUGGAACUUUGUAUCAGAUCCCUGCUCUGAAUUACUCAAAGCUAGACUCAUUUUCUAGUUCUGUGAUGUAUUCAGAGGCGAGGUACAUCUCUUUUAGGCUAAUCAUUAUAAAUGCAGUGAAGGAGAGAAACAAUGUCACCUUCAAAUGGUCUAAUGAAGGAGGUCAGAACUUUGAAAAUACAACAACACUCAAUGCUUAUAAUCUUUUCCAGCUUCAGAGUAAUGGUGUGAAAGAAAUCAAAGCAACGUCCAAAGUGGCAGUGCUGCUGACCCAUCCGUGCAUUGACACCCAACAAUCCUGCUCAUGCAGCAUGAUGUUGAAUCAGCUCCGCCCCACAAAUAUGACAGGGAACCAAUACGGGAAAGACAGAUUCUUCGUGCCCUCCACCUUUGAUGUCCAACAGCUACUCCUGACAACAAAUCAAACCGUCAAAAUCAGUAAUGGUUCUGAGUAUAGUGUUGAGAUUAAGGGGCCAAAUUCUAUAGAUAUCCUACCAUCAUUCCCAAAUAUCAGGAAGGGUUUUAUUAAUACUAUUAAUAAGCCUGUUUCUCUCCAAUUAAUUAGCUCUGGACUCAUUCUAGACCUCAUUCCAGAAAGCAUGUUUGCUGCCUGCUAUCUCGUACAUUUUCAUCCUUCGGGCAGUGGGGCCUUUGUGAUUGCGAAUAAAUCCGACCAAGAUGGUGUACGAAUGAACGAUCAACAGUUGCCUUCAGCAAUUAAAUGGAAUGAUAUGGGUGGCACAGAGUCACAGUACUCUUUGGCUGUAGUCAAUGGAACAGAGUCAAGCACUAUAUGGCAUCCUAAUGCAACGAUUGCUGUGUAUAUGAUAGAUCGUUGGGAUUCAGAUGAAAAAAAGCCUAUCCAUGGAGGCCCAGCUAUUACUAUAAAUGCAGACCCAGAUCCCAAUGGCUGUGUGGUGACUCCUAAGAUGUAUAUAGUUGGUACCGAUGAAAUGAGCUGGACGAACUCCCGUCAGUACUGCUUUGAUAAAGCUGACGACUUUGCCAGGCUCAUCAAUGCAGAUGACCAGAAAAAGUUGGUCAUGGACAUGACCAUGGGCAUGACCCCCAGAGAUCUCGGGGAAGGGUGGAUCAGUCUGCGCCGUGACCUGCUCUCUACAGCAUGGUACUGGUUAAAUGAAAACAACACCUCAUCCAAUCUGAACUACACUUCUUGGGAAAAUGGACAGCCAAUGAAACCUUACAAAGGCAUGUGUGCUUCAGUGUACCUGGACACUAAUAAUAACUUUUUGUGGAAGGCUGCACACUGCUGUUCUCGAAAGAAACCUGUCUGUUUUAAUGAAACAAGAUAUCUCAAACAGGUCUCCUAUUUAACCAAAUGAAAUAACUGACAUCUAAUUAGUGAUCGCAAGGCGAAAUCCCUCAUAGUUCACUUUUCUGUAAUUCAGCUCAAACUGCUUAAAGUAAAAAUGAACUGCUCAAAUCAAACAUGUUUGUAGAUAAUUUCAGCCUUUUUGUGGUUAUAUACUACACAUUCAGAAAUUUAAGAAUAAUAAACAUGCACUGAUAGAAUGUCAAACAACCAGGGAACAUGGUUUAUUAAUAGAGAGUGAGUUGUAGUUAGGGAGUUUCAAUCAAUCAGUUUCUCCCUUCUUUUUCUCUAGUUUGAAAAGUUGCUUUAUUGUUGUAUAAUAUUACCAAAAAUGUACGUAACCAAACAUUAUUCUUUUGCUGCCUUCCAAGCACUCCUAUUUCUUUCAGGGAAUGUAAAUGCAGUUUAAUUGUUCCAUUACCCUGAUUUGAUUUGUUUCUCUGUCAAGGAGAACUGGUAUGUUUAGCAAUAAACAGAGUAGAUUCAAUUCCCAGAAAUCGCCAUAUUUAUUUUUCUGUUAUUCAUACAUCGUUAUGCCCCUAUAUUAAUUUAGAUUUAAAAUGUGACCUCUUGCACAAUGAGUAAUAUUGUAAAAUUAGCAAUAUCAUUAGAGAUGGCAUUAAAAUGAAAACUUGUACAGCUUAAAUUUUUUUGGCUAGAAAGGAACAUUAUUGCCUUAAUAUAAUUUUAAUUGUUAUUAUUAUUAAAGGUUAUUAAUAGAACUACAAUGUAGUCCUGUAGACUUUUGUGUACAAAAACCUUUUUAUAACAUUUUAUUUAUUUGAUAUCUAUAAAUGAGCUUAUUUAAUAUUGUGGUUUUAUAAAAUAUCACAGUAAUAGUUGGUAUCUUAGUCAGGUACAGAUGGCAAAUACAAUGGGAUCGGUGGUAACAUGCCUCCCAGAGAUGUUUCUUUUAAAUAAAGAAAAAGAUAAAUCACAUUACUGGUCCUAUUGUGAACAAUUCAUCAAUGCACAUUAUUCUAAAGAUAAAAAGUUUAACUGUUUGUAACUUCAUCUUAAAAAUGCAGCACUCAUGCCACGAGAUUCUGAAAAAGAAGCAAGACGCAUCACAAUGGACAAACACAUCCAUCUAGCGCAUGUUUACAUAAAAACAUAGAGCGUGUAUAAAGCUUAUAAUAUUUUUUCAGUUAGGCAAUGGAAGUAUUUGUGUAAUUUCUACACCACAAAACAAAAUUGCACAAAUAAUGAAAAUGACCAAACACUCCACCUGUCAUCAACUGGUCAGUCAAACAAAUAGUUCUGCAGCAACAUCAAGCCAUUAGUUGCGUCAAUGUUGCUGUGUCCACUUAACACGUUUGUAUCCAUCUGCACUAUUUCAUUUAAAAGAUUUUUCUAUUUUUUCUAUUUUUAAUUUUUGGAUUGUUUUUCUAUACAUGUUAGACAGACGACGUUGACCAUUGCACCACGUCUAGCUAUUCUUUUCAGUAUCUUGUGCAGGAGCACCACAUUUUUUAGAUGUGUCAAAUAAAAAAAAAACAUUU